UUGGCAGUUGCAAUUUAAAUGACUAGGACGAUGUUCGGGAAAUACGUGCUUCUCUUGGUUUUCGUACUUUUGGCCGUGGCUAAUGGGCAGCUGGAUCAGCAAACAUUACAGACACGACCUAAAUUAAAUAUUAUACGAUCGGGCAUAAAAUUCAAAUAUUUCGUUUCAGUAGCUGCGGAAUGGUUAAAAAGUUUAGCACUUAGACAUUGCCCUACGGAAGAAUGGGAUAUAAGAGCAUUCGUCGAAUGUGGUAAAAACAUUAUGGUAGCACUGAAGCCGAAAAUUUGUGGUAAUACUCUCGGUGCCGGACUUAUGAGCGGACUAGUUGGUGCCAACAGUCAACAGUCACCAGUUGGAAAAAAGAAAUGAAAAACAAAAUUAAAAAAAAAUUUUUUUUAAUAUGAAUAUAUGAAGGCAGAUCUUUGAAAAUACCAUCGAGCUUGUGUAAUUUUUCAGAAUUUUGAAUCUGCAAACGUAAGUAACCAAAUCGAUCCAGCUCGUGAAUUGUUUUGAUAAUUUAAUAUACGAACUUAGAUAACUUUAAGUAAUCCAAGUUACCCAAUAAAUCAAACUCAUGCAUUUUUCAAAUAAUCAAAUAUGUAAACCCAAAUAGUCCCAAGUAAUACAAGUAACCUGAGUCCAAAUCA